AUGCCCCUUAUUGUCAAAGAAACUCAAGCUGGAUUUGUGAAGGCUAGAAUUUCGACUGAUAGUAUUCUUUUAGCCAAUGAUAUUCUCUCUUUGGUUAAUAAGGGUGGGGCUGGCAACAUUUUUUGUGCUAAAUUAGAUAUCAAAAAGGCCUUUGACACUAUUUCUAGAGAAUUUCUAUUGGCACGUAUGCAUCAAAAAGGGUUUCCUAAGCCUUUUAUUAGCUGGAUUAAGGCUUGUAUUACAAAAGUUAACUUCUCUAUUAUCAUUGAUGGUGCACUGGAAGGAUUCUUCUCCUCUUCUGCUGGUCUUAGGCAAGGGUGUCCCCUUAGCCCAUACCUUUUUUGCAUUGUUAUGGAUGUUUUGUCCAAUCUUCUUGAUGAAAGAGGUUUUAAAGGAUUCAAAACUGAUAACUAUCAUCUCUCACACAUUUUGUAUGCGGAUGAUGUGUUAAUUUUGGGUGAUGCCACUAUUGACAACUGUAAAAUCCUCUCUUCUGUUCUUAAAGAGUUUGCAAAUGCAACUGGGCUUCAUAUAAAUUAUGAAAAAUGUUCUAUCAUGUUCUCAAAGAAUCAAAGAAACCAAGAAAUGCUUUGUCAAGCUCUCUCUAUUACGAAUGUCAGCACUAAGUUAACUUAUCUUGGCAUUCCCAUUUCUUUUACUAGAUUAAAAGUUAAGGAUUUUAUGCCACUGAUGGAUAAACUGCACAAGAAAUUUAUCGGGUGGAAGGCAAAUCUACUAUCUUUUGCUGGUAGAUUACAGUUCUUAAAAUUCACUAUUCAGAACACCAUAGUCUAUUGGAUUAGAGGCUCUAUUAUACCUAAGACUAAAGGGGGAUUGGGUAUUCCUUCUAUAGCUGCCAUUCAACAUGCUUUUAACUGUUCUACUGCUGCUAGUAUAAAGAGGAAACUCAAAUUUGUGAUUACUCCUAAUGCACCCAUCUCUCUGUGUUGGGAUCAUUGGUGCAGUAAUAUCACCCUGGCUGAAUAUGUGGGUGGUGUUUCCCUGGAUUGUUUCAUUUUUCCUUAUCUGAAGAAUUACAUAUCCAAUAAUAACUGGGUUUUUAACAACAAUAUUCCUCAGAUUUUGAAAAAUGCAGUAAGCAGUUUUAAAAUUCUGGAGAGUGAGGGCUCUUGUUUGCUUUGGAAGGACUGUGCUCACCCUAAAUUUAGAGACUAUAUCAAGGAUUUUUACUCUGAUUUACCUGAUAAUAAUUGGCACAAUUUUGUCUGGCACAAAAAGGGUAUGAUUAAACAUUCGGUUUAUGUGUGGCUUGCUUUGGUUGGGGGUUUGAAAACCCAAGAUGCUUUAAGGCUGAGAAACAUAAAUGUUCUGGUGAAUUGCUCUUUGUGUUACUCUGCACCUGAAACUAUUAAUCAUAUUUUCUUUGAUUGCCCUUACUCCUUUACAAUUCUCAGUUCUAUAAUACCUGGUAGUAUGAAUUUUCUGUUACGGCCUACUAUUUUGCAAUUGUUCCACUGGAUGGAGACUGAAUUUUCUGGAUCUCAAAUCACAUUGAAUUUCUACUUAUUGACGUGGUUAUUAGCAGAGCUUGUAAAUGGAGAAACUUUGAUGAGCUGCUGGAGAACUUCUAAUCUCAAGGACCCUUCGUUAGCUGGAGAUUACUGGUGGGCUGGUUCUUUAACCAGGACAAUGAUGAAGAUCCUUUUAAAUCAUAAUAAUUCCCCUUGGACGGUCUUUGGGCAACCAGGGGAAUCCUCUUUGGUCCUCUAUUAUUUCUCUGAGUCCUGGUUAAAUGUAUAUUGGAGCUGGUUUAAUAUUAACUGGUGCUUUAUGGAAUCUAAGCUACAGUGCAACCUGGAAGGUUUCGUCUGCUCUAAGACUAGAUCGGAGUUUUGGCUUCUCGUGCUGCAGAUGCAUUUUCUUUCUGGUUCAAUCAAACUUUUGAUUGUGGCCGUAUUUGGCUAG